AUGGCUACUCUUCAUCUUGUAACAUUACUUGUUUUAACUAUCUUUUGUUCAAUAGUUAUAGCACAAAAUAAACCAUGUGAAUCAUGCGAUUCAAGCAAAUGUCCAUUGACCUUGGACAAAGAAUGUCUUGCCGGAUUGACACUCGACAGAUGUGGUUGUUGUCAAGUUUGCGCUCAACGCGAGAGUGAACUAUGCAAUCACCCAGAUGUUCCAUCGAGCAAACAAUACGAAGCAUGUGGUGAAAAUCUUCAAUGCAAACUUCGUAUGGAUAAUCGUGGAGCACCUCGUGAAGCUCUAUGUGAAUGUAAUGAUCAAGUUGAAGUUUGUGGUUCCGAUGGUAAGACCUAUCGUAAUUAUUGUCAUUUAAUGGAAUCAAGCAAACUUGCUAAAAUUGAACAAAAACCUGUUAUUAAAGUCUUUAAACGUAAACCAUGCGAUUCAGCACCUGAAAUAACAUUACCACCCGUUAGUGUUUCAAAUAAAACAGGAAGUAAUGUAUAUUUAACAUGUGAAGCUGCUGGUGUUCCAUUACCUGUUGUUGAAUGGGUUUAUACUGCUCCAACAGGAAAACAAAUCGUCUAUCCAACUGAUGAUGAUCGUGUCUCGACAUUAGUUCGAGGUGGACCUAAUGCUCAUGUUCUUACAUCAUGGCUUCAAAUUCAAUCAUUACAACGAAAUGAUCAAGGUACAUAUACAUGUAUUGCAAGCAAUACUUUGGGCAAAGUUGAAAAAUCAUGUACUGUCUCUGUUGAAACUGGUCGUGAUCUUUAA